CAUGAAUCCUUCAAGAUCUGCAUAGGCCCUUCAACUUCGGAUGCCUCCAAUUCUCCGAACCUUCGGAUGCCAGAGAUUUGUCCUGAAUCAAAGCCUCCCAGUCGGCUCGGCCAGCUGCAGUCCGAGGAACUUCCACCUGAAGUGAAAGCCCUGGAUGGCAUGACCUUCGAACGCGAUGCGUGCUUGACGGACUGGAGCCAAGCGAAGUGGCUGGCAGUGGCACUGGCGAGCAAGGUGGGCUAUGGCACUUGUGCCGAUAGGAGAUCCGAGGCUGCGGCCCGAGCUCCCGAGGGUGAAGCCACAGGGGCGAAGAAGUCCACCCAGCUGCUGGAGCACCUGGCCUCGGCGAUGAGGCCGAACCUCUCCACCGAGCAGCGCAAGGAAUGCAAGGCCGUGUUGCGGUGGCUCAGUGCGAUGCCGGGGCACCGGCACCAGGACGACGCGGAGGAUGCCGACUCGGACAAAGAUAGCUCCGAAGUGAUCACGCAGAUCAGAUGGGUACAAGCAGUCGAGAUGCCGAACGCCAGCGUGAUGCAUCCGGUGAUGACCCGAGGCCGUGGAGGGGCCGAGAAGACCUUCCUGGUGGCCUGUGUGGUGCGCGUGAACCCCAAAGCUUUCAUCAGUAGCUCGCAGGCCUCGGUGCGGAAGCGCAGCUCGUCCUUUGGGGAGCGGCGCUCCUCGCGGUCCUCGGAGGGCGAGGCGGAUCGCGCCCUGGAUUGGGGGAAGGACUUGAUGAAGAGCUUGGCGCAGUGGCCGAGCAAGCCCAACGAGACUCUCUUGAAGUCCUUGAGGGUGGAGAGUGGCGAGUUGCUGGCAGAGUUGGGUUUAAUGCUCACUGAUGACGGAGUGGCAAACAGGCCUGUGCGGCUUGCGCUCGACAAACUCAAUGCAGGAGACACCUUGCAGAUGCAGGGCCCAUUGGAGGGUCACAGCCCUUGCGCAGGCGUGCGGCUGCUGCGCGAGGGGCGCAUCGAGGCUCCAGUGACCUUGACUUUCCUGCGGUCCAUGAAGGUGAAGAAUACCUUCCUGGACAGAGAGGGCAAACCCAUUGUGGCCUCCUGUCCAUAUUGCGACUGCCAUCCGAACUUUGUGGGCUGGCGCGACCGUGCAAGCAACCUGUCACCGAGUGGCCACUUCCAGAGUCUUGCCGGACUCGCAGAGGAGAUUCGACAGAGCCGUGGCCGGCCCAAGGAGCUCCAGAAGAUGCCGAAGCGCAUUCCCGGCUUCUCGGCCCGCCGGGCGCCGGUGCUGGCCAUGAAGCGUGGAUGCAAAUGACCCCCCCCCCGCGUGACCCGCCGUGGAGAUGUACAUAGCCUAAUAGCGAUGGAGAGGAGGAAUUGGGCACGUCUCAGGUUGGGGGAAACCACUUGGAGUGCUGAAGAGUUCUGCAGACUUCUGUGGAUUCGGUUUGUUGGCGUUCUUCGACGUCAUUAUUCUAAUUAUAAAGCAAGUUCAAGCGGAACUUAUUG